AUGGAGGCUUCACAUUUGCAAAUAUACUGGCACGACUCGCAGCCCGUGUACACGCUGACGUUCCAGAAGGGCGGUUCGAGCGAUAAACUGUUCACCGCCGGUGGAGAUAACAAGGUCCGGAUAUGGAGGUUGAACAGGAAGGGAAAUGGCAAAAGCGAGGACGUACGCAAGAUCGAGAGUAUGGACUUUCUCGGGUCACUGACUCACCACGAGCAGGCCAUCAAUGUGAUCCGGUUCAAUUCGUACGGCGACGUCCUGGCUUCCGCCGGCGACGACGGCCAAAUACUGCUGUGGAAGCAGGAGGAUCCGAAUGCGCAGCAAGAGUCCGUGAUGAGGCCCUUUGGGGUGGGCCCAGAGGCGGACGAGGCGGACGAGAACAAGGAGAAGUGGGUGGUGUGGAAGCGGCUGCGCGGCGGUAGCGGUGCUACUGCAGCGGCAGAGAUCUACGAUCUGGCAUGGUCGCCCGACAAUAGGAGUAUUGUGGUGGCAUGCAUGGACAAUUCGAUACGGCUGUUCGAUGUUGGCGCCGGGACGCUGGUAUGCAGCCAAUCGGAUCACGGCCACUACGUCCAAGGCGUUGCAUGGGAUCCGCUGAACCAGUUUAUCCUAUCACAGUCUGCAGACCGGUCGCUGCACGUGUACGAGAUCGUCAAGUCGCCCGCAGGAGUGGUGGCAGGGUUGAAGCUGAGGAACAAGAUCGUCAAGGCGGAGCUGCCCACGCCCGGCGAUGUGCUGAGGACAAACUACCUCUUCCACAACGAGACGCUGCCUUCAUUUUUCAGGCGAUGCAGCGUCUCACCCUGCGGUGGCCUGGUGGUAGUGCCCAGCGGUGUGUACAAAGUGGGCGACGAUGAAGCUACAAACUGCGUGUACGUGUACACUAGGUCUGGGAUACUGAACGGCGCUGGCGGCGUGAAGAACAGGCCCGCAUUGAGAAUCCCGUCCUUGAAGAAACCAGCACUGAUGGUGGCCUUCUCGCCCGUGUUCUACGAAACGCGCCAACACAGUGUGUUCCAGCUUCCCUAUAAGCUGAUAUUUGCCAUAGCAACGACCAACGAGGUGCUUUUGUACGACACGGACGCAUGGGAGCCGCUCUGCGUGGUGGGGAACAUACACUACUCGCCGAUCACCGAUCUAGCAUGGUCCGGAGACGGCUCGACACUAUUGGUCUCGUCAACAGACGGGUUCUGCUCGUAUGUAUCGAUCGACACUGAGACGCAAUUUGGUGCGAGCAUGGAGCCGCCAGCGCUCCGUGCAGAGCAACUGGAGGACAAUUACAACGAUGUCACGACAGGGGCAGCAGCAGCCAAAACCCCACGCGAGUCGGCGGGAAUCGUGAAUAUGCUGCUGCCCAUGAGGAAGAUUCCGGGCAACAGCAACGAUACCAAAAAGAGGCGGAUCCAGCCCACACAAGUAGACCUUUAA